AUGCUUCUUGUCCUUGUCGAAACUAGCAGUCUUGUUGACGAUUUUCAAUUAUUUUUUUCACUGAUUCACUCCAAUUCGAUUGAUUUAAUUUCAUUUGAAGAUCGACUAAUCGAUAUUAUAUCAAUAUCAAAAGGAAAUCAACCAAAAAAUAAACGAACAGCAGCAAUAACAACUAAUCCAUCAAAUAAUCAACAAUCAAAGAAGAACAAGAAAUCGAAUGAUAUUCAAACAUCUAAACCACAUUAUCUACAACUAUCAGAUGCGAUCUUUAAACAAAUGUUAUCCAAUGCUAUUGAACAUGGAAACGUGCACAAUAUGAAUAUAAAAUUAGAAAAUGGUCUUCCUAAACCACAUAAACCUGGUACACCAUUACGACCCAUUAUUGCUUCCAUCAAUGCACCAACAACAUUGAUAUCAAAAUUCUUAAAUAAUCUUCUAGCACCAAUCUUUUUAGAUGUAGCUCGUCGAACAACAUUUAUUAAUGGUAUUGAUGUUGUUCGAAAAUUAGAGAAAUAUGUCAAAGAUGGUCAUAUGAAAUCAACAACAAGAUUUAUUAUAGCUGAUGUAACUGAUCUUUAUACAAUGAUACCAAGACAAGGUGCAUUAGAAGCAUUAGCAGGAUUUUGUAUUCAACUUUCAAAACAAGCAUUUACACAAGUCUUAGCCAAUAUCUAUAUGUAUCAAUGGGAAAAAGAAUUAAUUCAACAUCAAACAAUGAAAAAUGAAAUCUAUGGAAGAUAUAUCGAUGAUAUCUUUAUGACUACAAAUGAAUCUAUUGAUGAAAUGAAACAACGACUUGAACAAGCAGAUAAUAAAGAUAUAAAUAUUAAAACUUACUAUCAAAUUAAUCGAUCAGUGGAUUUUCUCGAUGUGACAAUUAUGAAUGAAGAUAGUCAAUUGAGAACAAAUGAAUGA